AUGCCGGCGGUCAAAGCUUCGCCUGCUAAGCGUCACAAGUCCAGACAUGUCAACGACCCCAUUAUUAUCACCAACCCUGACUGCCCCGUCGUACCCUUGACCGACGAGCUUCCUUUUAUCACAAUCGACGAAUGGUACACCGACACCAAGUACCGCUGGCACAGCGAGAUGGACGAGCAGUACGGCCGUAUGGAAACCGAUAAAGACGACGCCGAGCGCCGGGUUUUCCACGCCAGGUUCAUGGUCGACUACUACACCGUCCGCAACUACCAGGUCCACAACAUGACACCUCCGUCCAAAUCCAAAACCAACAGUGGCGGGUACGACGGCGACGAGAAGCCGGUACCCCAGCUGCCCAAGGACCUCAUGCCCUACUUCCAGCGUUAUUUCGCCUCUCGUCCCCACGACCGCCCCCCGGACAUCUACACCGGGCACGUUCCCAUGGCGAACGUCGAUCCGAACCCCAGGGACGCGUCGGACCCGUUACGCGACUACGUCCGUACCGAGGAGGAGCGCAACCAUACUCAGCUCGCGCAAGUCCCCGCCAUCCCGGUCCCGAUAACUGAGCGGGAGGCCUACAGGCUCAGCCAAGAGAUGCGCCAGUUCGAACAGGCCACUCAGCACCAUUCCUUCAAUACGCACGUUUCCCAUGGCCCCGGCUCGUCCAUGCCCACCACCUCUGCUCAGGAGCCCAUGCACCCUUUCUCCUCCCAGCACGUCUAG